UUUCCGAGAAAGGCGGCGGCUUCCCUUCGUCGCGAGCGGGGGCGCUUGGGGACCCUCUGAGGCCCGAGCGCGCGGAACCGGACUCUGGGGAGGGCUUCGCUUUACUCCGGGCGCCUUUUAGGGCCCGGGACGGCCUGGGAAAGUUUCCAAGGAACCGAGAAGGCGUCCGAACUCCGCGGGCGCUAACCCUGGUCCGCUCGGGCCGCGCGCCCCUCGCGCUGCCGCCCGCUCCAGGAGGCCGAGGCGGGGCAGUCUCCGCCUCUGGGCGUGGACAGGAGGCCGCACCCACGGCUGCCGCGCUCCAGCUCGCGCCGCCCCGCCCUGGGGCGUGGACAGGGGGAUCCCAGGUCCCUCUCGCCCUCCUCCCUGGAUCCUCUCCGGCUCCCUCUUUUCCCGCCGGCCGCGCCCGGCCUCGCAGCGCUCACAACCGCCCUCGUCCCCGCGCGGUCAGCAUGGGGCGCCCGGCCGCGCUCGCCCUGCUCUUCGUGGGGCUCCUGGGAGCCCUGGUGCACGCGCAGGAUGACUUUGAUUUAUCUGAAGCACUUGACGAUGGCAAGAAAACCACCGCAGCCCCCAAGAAGCCCUCUGGCGCUGACCCAGCACCACCCAAGCAGCCUGAGCCCAGACCGAAUCCAAAGCCCAAGCAGCCAGGAGCCUCUGAUGGAUUUUCAGACUCUGACUUGAUGGAUGUGGCCGGUGGAGAAGGAGGCAGAGGGGGACCCGGUGGCAGCAGCCCCAGGAACGAGGGUGAGGGCCAAGAAGAUCAGCCCCAGGGCGUGGUUCCCGGGAUCGUGGGUGCUGUCGUAGUGGCCGUGGCCGGAGCCAUUUCCAGCUUCAUCGCGUACCAGAAGAAGAAGUUGUGCUUCAAAGAAAACCCAGAGCAAAGCGAAGUUAACUUGGAAAGCUGUCGGACCACCAACGCGGAGCCUCCUGUGCAACAGACGCUUCUGGAGAAGUAGUGGGGGCGCCCCGAGCGGUCCAGCUGCCCGGUGGAUCGCAGCAGAGCCGUGACGCCUGCCUCAGUUUCUCCACCAAGAACAGCUGCAGCAUGGGGGGACAGAGCGCCGAGCGGCGAGAUGCCCCGUCCUGGUCCUGGCCCCAGCCGUCCCCCGCUGACCCGGGACAGCGCCGUCGAGGGGCUCCUGGCCCAAGAAAGAGGAGCCGUGUCCACGUCCCACAAGGACUUUCCUUCUGUCCCGGUGUCCAAGGCCCGGGUCCCCUGGGCUCCGGGGGCUUCUGGGGUGCAGAAGGCUGAGCGUGAUCCGGUCCCUGAUGCGCAAGCAGCUGCCCCGUCACAGAACUCGCUCGGGCGGGACACGCGGGGCCAGGUGCAGCUUGGGGGCCCACGGAGACUGCACGGCUGACGCACCUGGAGGAGCAGCUCUCUGGGGCCGGGCGGCCGGACUCGGGGUGCCCUGUGUGUGCCUCUCCCUCCCUCUCUCCCUCGGGGCCCGGGGUGCUUUUUUCCAUUUCAGACUAAUAAAAAGAAUCUGGAACCAA